AUGUCGGCAGCCCAGCAGUUUAAACCACCAGCGGUUACGUCUGUCAACGACAUUACGUGUGAGCAGUCGCAGAAACUGGUACAGACCAUGCUAACGAUGUCGUUUGGGUGUUUAUCCUUUUUACGUGGUCUUUUUCCAGACGAUAACUUUGUUGACCAGAGGUUUGUGCCGGAGAAAGUGGACAAGAACUACCACAAAGACUCCCGCGCGGCACAGGCAAGCUCUAUAAAGAUUAAAACUUUGGUUCGUGGGAAAAGCGCAGAGGCGGACUUGUUUUUGGACUGGCUCGAGAAAGGUGUUUUCCAGUCUGUGAAGCACAAGUAUCUGAGCGCCCUUAGUUUGGGCAUUUUCACAGAUAUAAAUUCGCCAACAGACCUGGUUGAGGACUACAUUUUCGCUUUCAGCUAUGAUAGGCGAGGAAACGUCACUAUGAGUGUGAACGGAGCGGAAGAACUGAGCUCGCUACUCGAUUCUAGAAAAGUUGUUCAGCAAUUGAUGCGAAGAUUUAUUAUAAUAACGCAAUCGCUGGAGCCCUUGCCAGAGAAAAGGUACCUUACAAUGAGACUGAUGUUCAACGACGAAGCGCCGGCGGAAUAUCAACCAAACCUGUUCCGCGAUGCGACCCACGAGAUACCAGCAACCAUAGAAUUGCCCUCAUCGGCAGACUCGGAUUCGGGCUCCGUGGGAUCCCUUGAUACAGGUUUCCACAAAGUUUCUAUAAGAGUUUUGACCAUACACGACGUUGGAGUGGACUCACUCAAGCCUACAUGCUCGAAAAAAUUCGAUCCCUUUGACCUAGUUGAUGGGAGCACGACGCAAACCCCCCAUGAGGCUUCCAACUCGACGAUUUACGACACGCAGACACUGGUUGAAACCCCGAAAGCUGCAAGCCAAACUUCUAGAGCCCUGCAAAAUUAUCUAAAUCUGGAAGCUGCACAAUUACCUCAAACUCAAGUCUUGGUUCAACGAGAAGAGGUCAUCGCUUGCGAGUGUGAGAUUUUUUGCCCAGUUUCCACGUCAAAACACGUCCUGUGUGCCUUGUGUAAAAGGCGCAUGCAUAAGUUGUGUUAUGGUAAUUCGAAAACCAAUUCGGUAACUUGUGUUACCUGUCUGACAGAGGGUCGUGCAAUAGACAAGUUCUCCAAUGAAUUCAAGGUUUUGAUGUUAAUGAGAAGGAUCUAUCGGUUUAUGAUCAAACGCCCUGACUUUCCACCUACACUCUCGGCGCUUUACAAAAUUCUCGCCGGUAAUGAUGUCGAUGCGAACGCCAUCGAUUUGAUCAACAUCGCUCUGUCGAUAUUGUUUUCGGAAGGAGUCUUCGUUGUGGAACAACAGCGCAGGAAAUCAUCAAAUAGCAAACAGAAGUUUCUUAAAACUUCCAAUCCAAUCUUCAUAGAUCAUGAUGGAAUUAUAGCUGAAGGGAAAUCUCUUCCUCCCAAAUCGGAAUGCGUUUGGACCUUUAUUCCAAAUGCUAAAGGUUCGCACUUUAGCUAUACCUGUGCACUGUUCACUACACCAGAGCAAAUAAGCCAAGGAAUUGAAUUUAUCAAGUGCGCUGUAAUUGAUCUUAAUCCUGAAGACAUCGACGACUCACUUCAGAGCGACUUCAUGCCGUCCUCCAUGAACUUUCAGUCGCUGAAAAUUGAUGAAACCCCCGAAUCCCAGCAGACACGGAAACGAAAAAGUACGGCAUUUGACAGUUCUGAAUGCGGGCGAAGUUUGGAAGGCCUAAAGGUUGCAAAUAUGCCAAUAGAAAGCCCAAAUAAGAUACGGAAAAUUAGCGUCUCUAAAAAAACUUUGAGGAGUUUCUGGUAG